AUGUUGAGGGCUGCAGUGGGAAAUGGUGAAUCUAUACGGUUUCGGAUUGAUGUUUGGUGUGGAGAGAUGGCAUUUAAAGAUAAAUUCCCCAAUCUGUUUAAAAUCAAAAUAAACAAAGUUGUUCUUGUUUCUGAGCGGCUGCAGUCUGUUAAGGAAGGGACGGUAUGCUGGAAAAUUAGAAGUGCUAAUAUGUCUCAAGUUCUACAGAAUGAAUUGGACAUAUGCAUAAGUUUUUUAGCUGAGGUUCUGAUCGUUGAUUCGCAAGACAAAUGGGUCUGGUCAGAUGAUGACUCAGACAUGUUUUCGGUGAUUUCAGCAAAGAAGUGGUUGCAGCAGGAGACGAGUAACAGUGCAGUGGGCAGGUUAGAAUGGUGUAAGUGGAUCCCGGCAAAGGUCAAUAUUUUUGUUUGGAGGGCUAAGAUGGAUAGGAUUGCUACCAUUUCGGCGUUGGAAAGAAGGAACAUUAUGAUCCCUUCACGGGGUUGUGUGUUUUGUGAAUAUAGUCCGGAGACGACAGAUCAUUUGUUUUCGGGUUGUUUCUUUUCGAAUGGUAUUUGGUUGGCUAUAGAAUCAUGGUGCCGAAUUCCAAAUGUUUUUGCUUUUUCCAUCCGUGAUUUAGUCAAUCUUCAUAAUUCGGUUGGAUUCAAGGGUAUCAAGAAAGUGGCGUUUCAAGGUAUUAUAUAUAUAGCUUUGUGGAGUAUUUGGCGAGCUAGAAAUGACCGGGUUUUUGCGGAUAAACGCCUAAAGGUUAUGGAAGUGAUGGCCGAGAUAAAAUCGUUGAGUUUUCUUUGGUUUCGAUGUAGAUACAAUACAAUAAGGAUACUAUUGAGUGGAAAUCUUGGUGUAACUUUGAUAUGA